ACGGUAGCCUACAAAUCAAAGUGUAUCUGACCCGGUCUUCGUCCUGCAGGGCCUCAUGCCUCCAGCGGUUCCACAGGUCCCUUUAACACCAGGUGUGAUGGAUCCAUGUGUGCGGUGAGCCCCCCAACGGGCUGACCAAAACGCCACUAGAAGCCUCAGAAAUCCAGGAAUUACCCGCGUCCUGUUCGUCGCCAAGCACCGCAACACCUGGAAUAUGGGGACGCGUCCACGCGCCGGCAGCUGCGGGUUUUAGGCCGACGAAGGCCAGAAAUCCUCAAGUUCAGAGACGUCGCGGCUCCAUUGCGAUGCUAUGAGACAGCCUGACACGGACUGAGGGGACAACAUGAAGGAGAAAUCUAAAAACGCUGCCCGGACCCGGCGGGAGAAGGAAAACAGUGAGUUUUAUGAACUGGCCAAGCUGCUGCCGCUGCCCUCCGCCAUCACCUCCCAGCUGGACAAAGCCUCCAUCAUCCGGCUGACAACCAGCUACCUGAAAAUGAGAAUAGUGUUCCCCGAAGGCCUGGGGGAGUCCUGGGGUCAUGUGAGUCGCAGCAGUUCUCUGGAUGGAGUCAGCCAGGAACUAGGCUCCCAUCUCUUACAGACAUUAGAUGGCUUCAUUUUUGUGGUUGCUCCAGAUGGGAAAAUAAUGUACAUAUCAGAAACAGCAUCAGUCCACUUGGGCCUGUCGCAGGUAGAGUUGACGGGAAACAGCAUUUAUGAAUACAUCCAUCCAGCAGACCACGAUGAAAUGACAGCUGUCCUCACAGCACACCAGCCUUACCAUUCACACUUUGUUCACGAAUAUGAGAUGGAACGCUCCUUCUUUCUGAGAAUGAAAUGUGUCCUCGCUAAAAGAAACGCUGGACUCACCUGCGGAGGCUACAAGGUGAUACACUGUAGCGGGUACCUGAAGAUCCGUCAGUACAGCCUGGACGUAUCUCCGUUUGACGGCUGCUAUCAGAACGUGGGGCUGGUUGCCGUCGGCCACUCGUUGCCGCCCAGCGCUGUCACUGAGAUCAAACUGCACAGCAACAUGUUCAUGUUCAGAGCCAGCCUGGACAUGAAGCUCAUCUUCCUCGACUCACGGGUUGCAGAGCUGACAGGCUACGAGCCUCAGGAUCUGAUAGAGAAGACUCUCUAUCACCAUGUCCACAGCUGUGACUCCUUCCACCUGCGAUGUGCUCAUCACUUGUUGCUGGUGAAAGGUCAAGUGACGACUAAGUACUACCGUUUCUUGGCCAAGCAUGGUGGCUGGGUCUGGGUUCAGAGUUAUGCAACCAUCGUACACAACAGCCGCUCAUCCCGACCUCACUGCAUCGUCAGUGUCAACUAUGUUCUCACGGAGACAGAAUAUAAAGGCCUCCAGCUGUCUCUGGAUCAGGCCACUUCCAAGGCCUCGUUCCCCUACAGCAGCAACACCGCCAGCAGCCUCACAGAGAACUGCAGAACUACCAAGAGCAGAGUAUCCCGGCCCAAGACCAAAGCUAGACUUUCGCCAUACACACAGUAUCCUAGUUUCCAGACGGAGCGGUCAGAGUCUGACCAGGACAGUCCGUGGGGCAGCAGCCCCCUCACGGACUCAGCCUCCCCCCAGCUGCUGGAGCAGGGUGAAGGCCUGGAUGCCUCCUGUGUGUACAGGCAGUUCACUGAUCCUCGCACGCUCUGCUACAGCCUGUCUGAAGAGCAGCAUCACACCACCGGUGACGGCUACACGCACCUCCACGCACAUGGUCAAGGUCAGAGUUGUGAGCGGGGUCGAUGUGAGGCAGGCAGAUAUUUUCUAGGAGCACCUCCGCCUGGCAGGGACACGUGGUGGGGCACCGCCCGGUCCAUCCUUCCAUUAAGCAAGAGCUCCUUGGGGAACCAUGAGGGAUGUGACAGCAGCAUGCCACACAUCACAGCCAUCCACAGCUACCAUGGCCGUGGCCACUGGGACGAGGACAGCGUUGUCAGCUCUCCAGAUGGAGGCUCAGCCAGUGACUCAGGGGAUCGGUACCAAGCGGACCACUACCACUGCAGCCCGCAGGAACCCAGCAAGAUUGAGACGCUGCUCCGAGCCACGCAACAGAUGAUCAAGGAAGAAGAAAGUCGACUUCAGUUGCGAAAGGGCCCUCCGGAUGCCCCUCUUGGGCUGGCCAAUGGACUACCCAAGGGCCCUGCUCCAUGCUUCACUCCAGAAUAUACUCAAGGGCCCCUGCCCCUACAGACUGUGGUGUGUCGAGGUUUGAGUCAGGUGAUCAGCCCCGCGCAGAGCCCUACCCCACUAUCCAGGCUCAGCAGUCCAGGUUCGGAGCGCCUGCACAAGCCGAAGGACUACCUCCAGACAGACCUGUCCCCCCUUUCUUUGCCAUUACACCACCCGUUUGGUCGGACAGGCCCGUGCUCGGCUUCCCCCACCCUUGCCCCAGCCCUCUACCCCUCUCACAACCACCCGCGGCCCUACUUGGACAAGCAUACAGCUUACUCCCUGACAAGCUACACUCUGGAGCACCUCUACGACCCAGAGAGCCUCCGGGGCUACUGCACCUCCGCCAGCACAGGCCCCACCCAGUACGAUAUGACCCCUCACCUCCGCAUACCGGCAGAACAGACCUCUGGGCACAAAGGCACCUCUGUCAUUAUCACCAAUGGCAGCUAACACUAACACACAGUGGGACUGCAGUCACACAGCCUCAGCUGGUUAGCUCUGUUACAACAUUAGGCCACUGUCAUUCUGGAUCCUGUUAGCUCGUUUUUCCAUCAUACUGAUUACUUCUGAACCAAAUCUCAUUUGUUCCUUCGUUAUAGAUCAGUAUUGUAGCUGUAUCUCCACCCAAAUGUUGCUCAAACUUUGGACCUUAUCUAAAUAGGCCCAUGGAAAAUUAGACUUGUUCUAAAGCGUGGUUGAGCCACACAGAACUAAACAGAGGAGGAACACCAAUUCUGUCCAUUCUGGCAGCAGCAUGAUAUUUCACAUUACAUUUACUCAUUUGGCAGACGCUUUUAUCCAAAGCGACUUACAUUUGAGCCAGACAUCGUGCUUUUAAAAUGACUAUUUCAUUAAGAUCAGGGGACCUUCACCUUUAGGGAAUGAUCGUGGUCGUGGUUUUAAAAAAUAUUGACUGGCGCACUAAUACAAGGUAAACGCUACGUUUACAAGAUUGUUAAAAAGCGAAAUCCCCGACAGAUGAUAGCCAACGUGUUCCACCUCUUUUGCUCUCCACACAGAAUGGCAAACAAACAAAGCCUGCUAGAACGUGAUUGGUCAAUACUACUCGGACUACAAACGGGAACCAGAACACAUCCAACACCAAAAUCUUGUCCCUUGCCUACAGAUUUUACAUUUAUAUGCAGUUAUCUGUUUAUAGAGAUUAGUGGUUAUGGAACAUACAAAAACUCCUGCUACGAUGUUACAGUGCAUUCACAUUGUCAAGUUUUUAUUACGUGGUAGAUAGUGGAAGAAAGCGCCGGGUCCGGUUUAAACCCAAACCAUGUCAGCUGUCAAAACGCUAGUGCAAACUCUCGCUCUCCGUACUGUCCAGUAUGCACUGAGGGUUUCGGGUUUCUUUGCUGGUAACAUUUGCUGGACAGUGAUUGGCUUUCGAAUUUAUUAUGUAGCCUACCAAAUGAAUGACGUGACAUCUGUAAAUACCAGAAUUUCUCCAUGACUGCUGUCACUUGUCAGACAAGGGAGAAAGUAUAUAGUAUAAGUCCCACUUGAAAAAACAACCCGUGUUUUGGUCAAAAUCGAUCAGUACGAUGGAAAGAAAAUGGAAAACGGAUGUGUAGAAAAUGGCUUGAGUUCUGCUUUAACAUCUGUCCCCGUGUGUAUAACCUUUUGCACUAUAAGAGACUGAGUUUUUGUGAAAAAGGGUCCUUGUUUUCCAAUGCAUUUGAAUGAGGAGAAAUGACAGGGUUGGGUGUGAUGCACUUUGCAGUGAUGCAGACUAAUUAAACUUCACAACUAAUAUGCAAAGCCAUUCUCUUGAUGUUUCUUUUCUCUCAGUUUUGGUAUGUUGCAGGAACGUAAAUACAGUAAAGAAAAAGACAUACAUUGAUAAAUGUCAUGGGUACGUGAUAAAUAUAAUUGUACAGUGAGAACCAUGGAUGCUGAAGGGAUUGUUGGACAAAUUUUAAUAGGGGGGGGGGGGGGCACAGGACGUCUGCUGCUUCAGUAAAUGUUGAAUAAUCAUGGUGGAGGGAAAUUAUUUGAUUGGCAAGACAAUAAAAUGACCUGAUAUAUAUUCUACAGCAUUCUUCUUUACCAGAAACUAAAGUAUCAUCCAAGGAAAUGACAGAAGACGUGGGAAAUAUUGUAUGUUUUCCAUUCUUAUAUCUGUGGUAAUCAUAUCUCAGUGACUGUAGAAAGACUGGCUAUUGUGACCAUUAUGCAAUUUGACCCAUUGCAAUGCCAGGAAAGGCAUCUUAGUAGUGUUCAUUAUGACUGAUCCCUGAAGCAACUGUUAAUUAUUGUUAUGUGGGCAUGUUUGUACAACAGGAUUGAAGUUUUAUUCUGGAUUUUCUUCAUGUCCUUAGAUGAACCUAUAUUUAUACAAGUUUGGAUUUGUUUGUUUUGUUUUGUCAAAGCCUGAAAUGUGCUCCAUCUCUUAUUUAUGGUGUACUGUAAAUAUGCUCAGAAAAAUCCCACCACAUUUAAGCACAUGGGCAAAAACUGUCUUCAUUGAGUAAAUGUUUCUUUAUGAUUAAAUAUAGCUGCAAUCAAAUCCAGUCUAACUGCUUGUAUAUUGUGUGUUUU